AUGGUCAAGCAUCACCUCAUGGUCGGCACUUGGACGCCGCCGGGUGUGAUCAUCACAGUCGCAUUCGAUGAUGAAACAUUGAAGCUGGAGUUGGUGAAGAAGACGGAGAUCCCAGAGGAUGAGCCCAUAAGCUGGAUGGCUUUCGACCACAAGAGAAAGAACAUCUACGGUGCUUCUAUGAAGAAAUGGAGCUCGCACGAGGUCAAGAGCCCGAGUGAGAUUGUACACACAGGAAGCUUUCCCAUGGGCGGACAUCCCAAAGCAAAUGAUGCAGACACCAAGACGCGUGCGAUCUUCCUGCUUCCCGCCCAGAAGCCUCCGUAUGCCGUAUACUGCAACCCUUUCUACGACUAUGCUGGCUACGGCAACAUCUUCUCAGUCAAUCCCGAAGGUCACAUCAAAGAGAACAUCCAGAACUUCGAAUACUGCGACAAGACUGCCAUCCACGGUAUGGUCUUCGACCCCUCAGAGACCUAUCUCUACAGCGCGGACAUGUGGGCAAAUCGGGUCUGGUGCCACAAGAAGAUAGAUGACGAGGGAAGGCUUGAAACAGUAGGCUUUACUGAGGCGCCCGCACCGAAAGACCAUCCUAGAUGGGUAGAGAUGCAUCCAUCAGGAAACUAUCUAUAUGCCUUGAUGGAGGCAGGCAAUCGGUUGUGCGAGUACGUGAUUGAUCCGCAAACCAAGCUCCCCGUCUACACCCACAAGACGUACCCAUUGAUCCCACCUGGUAUCCCCAAUGCAACCACGAUGUACCGUUCCGACGUUUGCUUCCUCACCAAAUCCUCAAACUACCUCUUCGCAACCUCCCGAUCCAACUCCUUCUCUCUUACUGGUUACAUUGCCGCAUUCAAGAUCGCUCCCUCAGGCGCUAUCGAGCGACAAAUUUGCCUCAAUCCUACACCGACGUCUGGCGGCCAUUCGAACGCAGUAUCGCCGUGUCCUUGGUCCGAUGAGUGGUUAGCGCUUACGGAUGAUGAAAAGGGUGGCGUGGAGAUCUAUAGAUGGCAGGAUGAAUUUCUAGCAAGAGUUGCGAGAUUGGAAAUUGGUGAGAAAGGCUUUGGUAUGAAUGCUAUUUGGUACGACUAG